CAUUUAUGUUGAGUCCAGUGAGCUAGAGCGUGGCUUGCUAGCAAACUUGCCUACCUACUUUUUAUAUAACAAACUUUCGUAUUCACAGAUGUUGCACAUCUGCUUCACAUUUAGCGUAAGAAAUGCUGCGUAGAAAACCUACUCGUCUGGAGCUGAAAUUGGAUGACACUGAAGAGUUUGAAAGUGUCAAGAAAGAACUAGAGAGUCGAAAAAAACAGAGAGAUGAUGUAGAUGUUGUUGGUGUGGCAACAUCGAGUGACAUGGUCGGGGCUUCGGGUGGAACAGGGGAUGGAAAAACACGGGAGCAGAUGAUUAACGAAAGAAUAGGAUAUAAGCCACAUCCUAAACCAAACACCUUACCUUCACUUUUUGGAAACCUGCAGUUUUAAGAUCCGAAGGCACACAAUAGACUUCUCAAAAUGUUCCCACACUCCCAGCUGUGGCAUGUGGAUGAUAUAAUGACUGCUUUUGACAUGGUCAGGGAUACUUCAUACACGAGAUCAAAAGAUCCACAAAGAAAUGUGUAUAUUGAAGUUGACAUUGUACUAUUAACUCAUACAAUAAUUUUGCUGAAUUUACCUGUGAUGUUUGAUGGGUGUAAAGUGUGUUGCCUUUUGUACAAUAUAUUUGUUGGGAGCUGUUGUUAAGUUUACCACAUCCAGACAUGGUACUCCCAGUAGGGUGAAGGUAGCAUCUGUAUGGCAUGAUCUGAUAACUAGUUAUUUAGCUAUACAAUUUUAAUGUUUAAAAGAUGCCCCUCUGCAUAAAUUUAAAAAAAAAUAUCUAACAAAAAUAGUAUCUCAAGUUUUUCAUGAUUCUUUCCCACUUAAAACCGGAGUCUGCAAGGCUACUAGGGAUUGAACAGUUGCAAUAGUAUACAUUUUAUUUUAGACACGUCCACUUUAGUUGUUCACUCGCCUACAUUUUCGAAUAAAAUCCAUUGUUAUUUUGAACUUA